UGUAUCAGGGCAAGGAGGGUUCUCUGUGCAUACACUCUGCUUAUUAUUCAGAAGCACACUCUGGCCAAGGAAAGGGGAUGUAGGUGGUCAGCUAUGCAUCACUAGGCUGCCCUCCCCACCUUGAUGACACAGUAUGUUUGGACCUGCCCAGCUGCAGGAGAUUUUCCCAGCCACUCCUGACUGCAACCUUUGGGAAGUAGCAGAACACAGGAGGAACUUGCUUCAGUCUCUAACCAUUGAUUAUUUUCUCCAUUGCAAAGGAAUCUCUUAUUGAAGAAGGAUCAGUUUUGCAGCAGACUGCCCUGGAUUUACAUCUUCCAAGGUUUUCAUCUUGUUAAAACCCGGAUAUUUACAGAAACCCUGUGCUCCUUCCAAGAACAGCUCCACAUGCUCCUUGUCUUAAGGCUUUUUCUAGACUCCUUGCAACAUCCAGGGCCAGAGAGAUCUUAUUCUCAGCUCAGAGUCUAUGGUGGCCCUCAGCCACCCUGCCCCUACCCCUAGUUCUCAUAUUCCUCUGGAACCACACCUUCUAUGUCUCACAUUGAGCUCUCUCUGAACCUCAAGGACAAGGUAAGUUGCUGAGUUUGCCAAGUCCCUAACCCACAGCAGCAUUGAGUCAUCAGCAAAACCUGGGAAGAAUGGUUAGGCCCUGAGUUCCUUCACAGGUGCAGAAGAUGGCUGGCAGUCAAACUGGAGUGCAUAGGACAGGGCUGGAACUCAAAUUUCAUGAGCCUUUCAAUGGGUGAGAGCUGAGCUAUGCCUGUAUUCCUGAGUGUGUUUGUGUGUUGGCCUAGGUAUGUAGCUGUGUGUUUCUGAAGCUGGGUGUACACCUACAUACACCUGUGUGCUUUUGAGCAUAUGUGGGACUGUAUCUGUGCCUUAGUCUGUGAGUGUGCACCUGUGUAUUUACCUAUAUUAUGUGCCAUAUGUUCCCGUGUAUACCUAUAUGCACCUACACGUGUCUGUGUGCGUGCACCUAGGCACAUUCACAUGUACCUUAAUGCAUGUGAGUAUGCCUACAUGUGUCUGCAUCUAUACUUUGGUUGAACAAUGAGCCCAGUAGGGUCUGUUGGUGACCAUGUCUCUUGGGAGUAGAUUUCUUUGUGGAGGGGCAGUGUGUCUGUGCUUUCACUGUUAUCUCUUUUUCAAAGUUGCAUUUGUCUGCUUGCUUCAGGGGGAGAAAGUGAGGUUCUCAAUACUGAAGGGCUUGGCAUCUGGCUCCUGGGCAGGGGCAUCAGUUUCUGGGGAAAUCUGUGUAUGCUGGAGCUGGAUCUUCUUGGAGGCUAUUUUCUUUUUCCUUUUUUCUUUUUUUUUUUAUAUUUAGAGAAAAAAAGGAAAACAGAAAAAAGGGUAGAAAUAAUACAAAAUUUCAAAAAAACAAUAAUAAAUGACUAGUCAAAAAAUAACAGUAAGAAAUCAUUAGUUGAUACAUUAUAUAUUGUUAUCUUAGAAGUAGUUGUUCAAUUUACAAAAUCAAAAUAUAAAAAAUUAACAAUCAAACAAUGACAGUGCAAACUAUUCUGUUUGAUGGACUAACAAAAACUUAAUAGUAUGGUUAUCUAUCUUGCACACUUAAACAUGCAGUUAUAUCUUUUAGAGCACUUUCUUUCCCUUUCUUUUGGGGCUUGCUUGCUUGUUUUUUGAGACAGGGUCUUGCUUGCUUGUUUUUUGAGACAGGGUCUUGCUCUGUAGUUCAGGCUGGCUUUGAACUUACUACAUAGCUGAAGCUGGCCUCAAACUCACAGUGAUACAGUGAUACUCCUGCCUCAGCCUUUUGAGUGCUGGAAUUACAGACACCUGGCAGGGCUAAAUCUUUACCUAUCUGGCAGAAACCUGAAAUUUUGUGGGAGCCUAUGCUGGGAGGGUUUGCCCAUGAUGUGGAGAUGGAUAUAAUUUUGAUGCCUGUGAGGGAAUCUAAGUUUGGGGAAAGAAGUGUGUGACUCUGCAUUUGUGUUAAAUUAGGAGAGCACUGUGUUGUAUGUAAGCAUCUGGGGGCCUGUCUGGACUGUGUCUUAAGUAUAGUGCAUGAAGCUCUUCUGAGUUUCAGUUUGUCUCCACAUGUCUGUAUGUUAAGAAAUCAGCUUGCUGCUAUGAGUCCAGCCAACAUAACAUGGUCCUUGAUCCAUCUUUCAAAGAGAAAAAGAUGUUGUGUAUGGUGGUGCAUGUCUGUAAUCCCAGCACUCAGAAGGUUGAGGCAGGAGAAUUGCUGUGAGUUCAAGGCCAGCCUAGGCUACAUAGUGAGUUCAAGGAUAGCCUGGGCUAUAUAGUGAGACUCUGUCUCAAAAGAAAAGAGUUAAAUUCAAAGAGAGACAUAACUAGAAGGGACAGAUGUUUUCUUAAACCCCACAGCUAGUAGGUAGCAGAUCUAAGCAAAGGCCAAUUGACAUGGGUCACAGGAGCCUGUCUAGGAAAUGGAAGGGAUGUGGCUUGUUUCACCGAGCCUAGCUCCCAGGCUGAUUAGUUGGAAGCAACAAUACCAGGGAUCAGAGCCAAGCAAAGGGAAGGUCUCCACAUACCAGGACUUUCCCCCACUCCGCCCUUGCUGUGUGGCAUCUCUCAUGACCCAGUUGUCUAGAGCGAGCUCAUACAUCUGGGCCAAGAUGAAAACUGACUAUUCCUACUAACCUCACUCAGGGCUGGGGUUAUGGGGUGGGCAGUACCAGCAUCUGGGGACGCAGAAGAGGUAUCUGGGUAGCCCAAGGGCAAUAGGAGGCCUGAGGAAGGACUGAGUGGCCCUUCUUCAGAGCAUCUACUCUGGCCAGCAGUGGCAGAAGGAGCAGCCCCUUCAAAACUCUGCUACUUACAUGGGCUUGGCUCCAGCCAUGGCGUAUGCUUCUCCAGGCCUCAUGGCCAGCUGCGGAGGGAUGGACUCUGUUUUCAGUUUGCUGACCAGCCACCUCAGUUGAGGGCACCUUAGAGGCACUAACAAGGUGGAGAAAAGUCUGGAAGUCUGUCCUCAGCCAUUCCUGCUCAAAUUCAUUCUUUAUACAAUUACUCAGCUCAUUCAGCAAACUGGCUAAGCUUUACUUUAAGGAUAAAAACCAGACACAUCAAAGCCCAUGUCUGAAAUUACAGUGCAGCUAUACAAGCAAAGCCCAAAGAAACAGAUUUACUUUAAAACAGGGGCAGGGGCACUUGCUUGGCUCAGCCACAUUUUGAGACUGGCCUGGCAUCAGAAACACCUGAAUCAGCUGUAGGAAAAAAACUAGGCUUACUUCUACAAGACAGAAAAGGAGUUCAUUUCUGUUCUCCACUUCACUGUCUGUAAGGCAAUGCUGUGUGGAGCCACUACAAUCCUUGUUAAUCCUCAUAGUAAGUUCUGCAAAGCCACCACCAUCACCUGUGUACAGAUAGGGAAUCUGGCCAAGGCCUGGCACUGCCCUCCUCAUGCAAGGCUGCUCACUUUCCCACUGACCCUCAACCCCUCUGCUGACACCAGGAUGCCCCCCUUGUUGCCUGGUCACUAGCUCAGUGAUAUCCCUGAUGUCUUCUCUCCUGACUCUUAGAACCCCUGUCCAUUCAUCCCUGAGUCUAGAGUGACCCCAGCCAUGCCUACUUCCCAACCUGGGGAAAGAUGCAUGAACUGGACCUGGUGCAGGCAAGGCUGAGGCAGUGGGGAAAGGGUUUCACAGUGCCAUUCAAAGUGUUAUUCUUCAGUUCAUACAGUCAGAGCUCUCAAAUGUGCUCAGUGCACCUCCAGGACAGACAACAUUUGUCUGAUGGAUUUCUGUGCUGGGCUAUGCUGUUGGCCUCUUCAGCAACCUGUGGAAAACGCGUAAAUGCCAUGGCUGAGCCAUGAUCUGAGGGAGGAGGGUGGACAGGGAAGAGGUCUCACUUUCUACUCUAGGGAAGUUCAGCAUGAAGGGGACAGGAGAAACUGUUGGUCUCUCCAUCCAGCCUGCCCAACCCUGCGCCUCUACUCCCCAAAGUAGGGCCAUGGGCACUAUGUCUGCAAGAAACAACCACUCAGAGGUGACCGAGUUCAUCCUGGUGGGCUUCCCGGGAUCCCUAGGGCUCCACCUGUGCCUGCUGGUAAUGUUCCUGAUAGCCUACAUUCUAACCAUCACUGAGAAUCUGAUCAUCAUCGCAGUAAUCUGUACCAGCCCUGCACUACACAAGCCCAUGUACCUCUUCCUCAGCAACCUGUCCUUCCUGGAGGCGUGGUACAUCUCUGUCACAGUGCCCAAGAUGCUGCUCAGCCUGGCCAUUCCUGAGUUCCAGCGUAUCUCCUUUGCAGGCUGCAUGGCACAACUCUACUUUUUCCUGGCACUGGCCUGCACCGAAUGCACGCUUCUGGGUGCCAUGGCCUAUGACCGCUACGUGGCCAUCUGCAACCCCCUGCGCUAUCCAGCUAUCAUGAAUCCCAGUCUCUGCAGCCUCUUGGCUGCUGGUUCCUGGCUCUCUGGUUUCACCAUCUCCCUGGGGAAGGUCUUUUUCAUCUCCCGCCUGGGCUACUGUGGUCCCAACAUCAUGAACCAUUUCUUCUGUGAUGUUUCCCCCCUGCUGAAUCUUGCAUGCUCUGACAUGUCUGUGGCAGAGCUUGUAGACUUCCUCCUGGCACUGCUCAUCUUGCUGGGGCCGCUACUGCUGACUGUCUUCUCCUACGCAGCCAUUCUCAGCACAGUGCUUCGCAUUCCAUCAGCUGAUGGCCGGCAAAAGGCCUUCUCCACCUGCGCCUCACACCUGGCGGUGGUGGUCAUCUUCUACUCAGCCUCCCUCUUCAUGUAUGCCCGGCCACGUGCCAUCUAUUCUUUCGACUACAAUAAGCUAGUGUCAGUGGUGUACACAGUGCUGACACCCCUACUCAACCCAGUCAUCUACUGCCUGCGGAACCAGGAGGUCAAGCAGGCACUGCACAGGGCACUGCAGAAGGUGGUUCAGGCCCUGCGGAUCUACUUCUAGACGGACCAACACUGCCUUCACCUGUUCCUGAAUUCCCUGAACCUUCUUGCCAGUGACUCUGGACAACCAGACCCCUUUAGAGGCUGAAGGAAGAAGUCAGCGUAUCUUCCCACUCUGAGUCCUCACUUACUAGGUAACAGUGAAGUGGUACCUCACUUACUGGGUCCCCAAAAAUGGCUCGCCCCAUUCUAGUGCCACUCUGGAACCCUCACCCUGACCCUUAGGUGCACUACAGGAUUGUGUUCACCUAGGCCUCUCUCUAAAUAACCACUUGGGUAAGCUAAUAUUAGUCCCUUUACAUCCAAGGGGAGCAGAGUAGAUGUUAUCACCCCAGUUUCUAGGCAAGGACACCAACACACACACACAUGCACACACACACACACACACACACACACACACACACACAUCAUGCAGACCGUUCAGCAGCCAUCAGCACCUCUGUCCCCCAUACCAAGCUGAACCAGCCCCAGUGGCCCCUGCUAAGUGGCUCUUCCUCUAUCCAGGCCCCCACAGGCUUCAUGAUGGUUAACAAUAGGACACAGUAGAGAAGAGGACAAAUCACUCACUGCAGAAGCCAGAGGAGGUAGAGCAGGGAAGGACCAAAAUUGUUCCUAAGCAAAAACCAGCACUCAUGCCCACUUGAAACUGGUGUAUCUAUGACUAUCACCUCACUCUGUUAGAAGUAAAUGAGGUGGUAAAUGAAUUCAGGGCUCCUGCUGGAGCUGCUGCUAAUCAGAAUGUUAGGGCUCCCCCACAAGGGUUAAUAGCCAGUGCUCCAGUCUUCCAGCCCUCUCUGCCCAUUUCCCACUACCUGCCAUACAAUGAGCAAGCAUGUUUCAAUGCCAUUAGAGUGUAAAAGGCCCUGACAUCCACCAAGACCCCUGCCAUAGUGUCCACACUGACCAAAGGCCUGGUUUUAAGGGCUGGUAUCUCAAUGUGUCCUGUAAGAACCCUUCAUCUGCUCCUCUUGAGAGGCCAAGAAGAAAGAGAAGGUCCCUGGCCACUGCAUUAGCAGCCCCUGCCUUAGCAACCAUAGCUUCAUACACCCAUUUCAAAGUGCAAGAGACCCAGGCAGUGUAAGUUGUAAUGAUGCCAUAAGAGUUCUGCACUAACCAUCAAGCAUCAUGAGGUCCCACACCCACCUCAUCCCCAACCAAGAACUGCAGAGACAACAAGUAGAUGGUUCACAAGUCACAUUAUGUCUGUAACAGCUCUUUCAGGGAAUGAUUCCCAGCCAUGCUGGCAAAGCAGCUUACCUAUGAGGUGGACACUUGGACCUCGGAGCUCAACUCGGGUCCAGCAGAGAGCACAUGGGAGAGAAUGGGUUGGAGGCCUCAUUGGAUACUCAGGUGUUAGGUUCAGCUGAUCAACAGCUGCACCAAAGCCUACAAACCAUAGCCCCUACCCUGGAUCAGGUUGUUCUCAAUGGCACAGACACAUGAUGUUUAAGGACAGACACCAGGGCAUGAGAAACAGGCAAGUCCUGACAGUGUGGUGCAUGGCCUGAGGGUCUCUCUGAGAUUCCUUUUGUUUCACAGAGAAGAUGAAACAGGAGCAGAGGGGAGGGAAGAACCAAAACUAGCAAGAAAUCAGAGGACUAGCCAGGCAAAUGCCCAGGAAGAAACACUCUUGCUCCACAGACUGGACAGUGAAGAAAAUAUCCCAGGAGAAGUGCCUUUGCAUAAAAUGCUAUGAGUACAUCCUUCUUCCAAAACAGAUGCACUUUACUUCCAAACAAAACUCCUAUAAACUAAUCUUUCAAAAAAAAAUAGAAUAAAAGCAUUGGCUCACUGGUGCAUUCUUUCAUGAACAAAGUGCCAGCUCCAGCCACGGUCUUCCAGCCCUACAGAGACCAGGAGCAUCAGGGAACCUAUAGCCUGGCUUUGAUGCUGCAAGCUUGGAUCAGUGGAGUGCACUUGAUGCCAAGGCAGUGGGGGCAAAGGUCCUGCCCUGAAUAGACAGAGCAUGGCACUCACUGGGGAGGAGAGCUGCCUGCAUGCAAACAGCAAUAUGGGGAACAGGGAAAGCACCCCACACUCCAGAGCCCAGAAGAGCUAGGGCACAGACUCCAGUGACCCCCAGAUCCCUGUCACAGUCCUCCACUUGUCCCAUAGUGUCCAGACUCAAUCUGCUACUCACAACUGUUUGUCCCCCAAAGCAGUGAUGUUCCAUCUUCCAGGCCUCUCCAAGGGUCCCUCUUCACUACCCCAUGCCACCACCCAGUUAGAAUUUUUGCCCUCAACUCUGUUAUCCUUGCCCCUAAUUUGCCCUGCCUUGUGCCAUCAGGCUCCCAAAUGUCUGUAAAGUGAAUUCCCAAAUCCUCAUCAGGCUCACUCUCACUCAGGCAUCCCCUAACCCCCACACUGCAACCCACACCCAUCACUAGCUGAGUGCCAGCCCAAUCCAUCUGCUCCUGUCAGUGGCAACCCCCACUGCAAGGAUGCUUGAAGUCAAGCCUUGCCUAGAGCCUUUAUUCCAGUUUAUC